GACCAGCUCUUGUCCGACAAAUCCACAUGGACUUUCCGCCCCGCAUCGUUGCAGAUCCCGACCAGGACCAAGAGAGAACUCAUGCUGCAAUUUCAGCAGCUGGGGGGGCUCUUCACCUCGGUAUGUGUCCCGUUUCGCUUGCGCCGCUCGACUGAUCAGAUGCCGUGCAUGCGCAGAUGACGGUGGUGUCCCAUCUGAAAGCGACUGAAACCACGAACAGCAUCGUGCUUCAUGUGAGUUCUGCCUUCGAAGUACCUCCGUUGCCCAGAAGUUGUAACAAACCGGUCGCCGCAGUUGGUCGUCGAGAAUGUGGUGGCUGCCACAGGCCUCCCAGACCAAGGCGAAUACAUCUUCACACUUGAAUGCGACAUCGAACGGGGGAAGAUUACCAGCGUGACCGAGUUCUCGGACUCUGUGAGGAUGCACAGACUGUUCGAUCCAAGGAAUGGCGAGGGUUGGAAGUUGAUGAGAAAGGCCUACGAUUA